UUGGCAUGCCGGGCGCGUACCACCACAACACCCCUCUAGGGGUUCACCUGUACGCCAGUCUACUGUAGACACAGCUGACUCUGCCAGUAGCCUGAACCACACACUGAUUAUAUGCAGGGAGCGCGCAAAAUUCGUCGGGUGCCGAUUGUGGACACUGAAAGUUGGACAUCACUUUUUACAAUUAAUGUGCAGUCUUGUCAGGUUGUGAUCGUUGAUUCGGUGCUCUACGUGCGUCCCGAAGGGGGUGAAAAUGAUGCACCCCUCGAUAAUUCUGCGCUCGGGCGCAUUGCCUGUACAUUCAUGAUGAAUGGCUGCCACUAGACAGAGAUCGAGAAGAGUCUGACUCCUGCACUGGAACACUUCAACCAGCCGAUUGCAGGAGAGGGGGUGAGUUCUUGUAACGCGUGCACGAGGGGUUCACGCCACUUUACGCGGGGUCAAACCGCACUCGCGCGGGUGACCAAGGGGGCGUAUGAGAGUUAUUUUAGAGUGCAAAGGGGAUUUUAGGAAUACGGUAUUGUUUACUUGAAGGUGUGCGAUUGCUUUUUAGAUGAUGGGGGAUGGGUUUGAAAAACUUUAACCACUUAAAUGAUUCCUGAGAAAUCACCGCAUGGCCGUCCUCUUUCUUUUUUUAUUUGCAAACUUUCUAGAUAUGCAUAAUAUCCCCAAAUGAACUGACAGCAUGUGUUUUAGUGGUAGUUGAAGCAGAUAAGGAUGGACACUGAAGGAUAGUUAAGUUAUGUGCAAUGCUUUCAGGCGUUAAGUGGUUAAUGGUGUCUUGACUUGCGGAUCGGUCUGGCUCGCCCCCCAGUUGCUGCAUUUGUCCCGGGAUGACCUGUUGAUGUCGGGGAAAUGUGCAGAUGAGCCCUCCCUUCCUUUAUAGUCCAAAAUGGAGUACAGUUUAACCACUAAAUAUUGGAUGUAAAUGCAAUGCUUACAUCGCGUGCAUAUAAACACAAGCCAGUGCAUACCAUUGGCACGUCUGCAGCUGGAAGAUAAUGAUGCAUGCAUCUUUGUUGCGGGAUGAAUCAUAACGAUCUGUAUGUAGAUAUAACUGAAACUCAACCCGACAUUGCAUUUUAUAGCAAUGCAUUGGCACCGAAAGGGCGAUCGAGAGGAACGGAUGUGGGCUCCUAAAUAAUUAAUCUUUUGACUAUUUCGGUGACAGCAUUCUUUACGGGUGACUGAGUGGUCACAUAGGAAGUAGCAAAUCGGGUAUUAUUUCAGAUUUUUUUCCUCCCCGGGGCCCGUGCCAACCCGGAGCUCGUGCGGUGCUGGGCAGCGGUGCGGGGCACACACACUAACCGGGUAAAGCAGCCCUGCCGCCGGCACCCACAUCACACAAACACCGAUCCUGUACGUCUAGGUGUUACGAUAUGGCUCAGAUGCUGCAGAUGGCGAUUCCCAACUUUGGCAACAAUGUUUUAGAAUGUCUUAAUGAACAGAGGCUUCAGGGUCUGUACUGCGAUGUGUCAGUGGUGGUGAAGGGCCACACGUUUAAAGCCCACCGGGCGGUGCUGGCCGCCAGCAGCUCCUACUUUCGAGAUAUGUUCAAUUCUGGAAGCAAGAGCUCUGUUGUGGAGUUACCACCAGCGGUUCAACCUCAGAGCUUUCAGCAGAUCCUUUCUUUCUGCUACACCGGUCGACUUAGCAUGAACUUGGGAGAUCAGUUUAUCUUGAUGUACACAGCAGGAUUCUUGCAGAUCCAGCAGAUUAUGGAAAAAGGCACAGAGUUCUUCCUUAAAGUCAGCUCGCCAAGUUGUGACUCGCAGGGUCUUCACGUGGAAGAAGCCCCUUCUUCGGAACCCCAGAGCCCUGUUACGCAAACUGGAAGUGGCUGUUUAGGAGGCGGGGCUGUGGUUGCCACGGCAGCAGCUCGACCUACCUCCUGCCUCACGCCUCUUCCGCUGGUGUCGAGGGUGAAGACGGAACCGCAUCCUCAGGCCCAGCAGCCCCCACAAGAAGCAUCUCCAUAUUCGGUGGUUUGUGCUCCGGUCGCGAAGCGUCUUUGGGAAGGAGGCAGUCGCGAAGGGGGCGGAGGACCUGGAGGAGCCGGAGGGGGAGGCAUGAGGAAAGCAGCCCGUUAUUCGCAGGAGGUGCCACGUGGGGCGAGUGGGACUCUACCACAAAGUGCAGCCUUAUUGGCUGGAAGUGGAACCAGUAACAGCAACAAUAACAACAACAACAGUAGCAGCACACCAGAAGGCACCAGCCCGGGAACUCCCAGCAUGUACACCAGUGACUCACCGAUCUCAUACCAUGAUGAUGAUGAGGAGGAAGAAAUUACAGAGGAAACAGCAGAGGAGCAGUAUAGACAGAUCUGCAACAUGUACACAAUGUACAGCAUGCUGAAUGUAGGGGCAACAGCCAGUGAACGAGUGGAGUCUCUACCAGAUCACCUCACAGUUGAAUCAAGGGGAAGAGGAGUUCGAGUGCGUCAAGAACUUGCCUCUCUUCCCACGGAGCUCAUUGCACAGAUUGGAAACCGUUGUCAUGUUAAACUUUAUGAAGAAGGCGAUCCUGUUGAGAAACUAGAGCUGGUAACGGGCACCGGUGUCUUUAUUUCACGCGCUCAGCUGAUGAACUGCCACGUUAGCGCGGGCACACGGCACAAAGUAUUGCUCAGACGGCUGCUUGCUGCCUUCUUUGACAGAAGCACUCUUGCGAACAGUUGUGGGACAGGAAUCCGCUCCUCCACAAAUGACCCGAACCGCAAGCCACUGGACAGUCGGGUUCUUCAUUCUGUUAAGUUUUACUGCCAGAACUUUGCUCCUAGUUUCAAAGAAAGCGAAAUGAACGCAAUCGCAGCGGACAUGUGCACCAACGCGCGCCGCGUGGUACGUAAGAGCUGGAUCCCAAAGUUAAAGCUCCUGAUGGCAGAAAACGACGCUUAUGCUAACUUCCUUCCGGACGCUGCCAAAAUGGAGUCUGAAGGCUUAGGGGUGGAAAAUGCCUACGAAACGGGAUCGCUGGAGGGUGGUACAACCUGUGAAUCCGGACAUUCAUCUACAGAUACCCUGCAAGGGGUGAGCAGGAACGGUGGCGGUUUGUUUUAGUGAGUAACUUUUUUAUGGUGACCUUGCAACUUUAAAUAUUCAUUUUCCUCCAUCUUAUCACGUUUCUCAGUGUCACCUUGGGCAUUGAUGACAUGCUGGAGAAAAGAAAAUGUAUCUGUCUGAAGACUGUUACUGGAAAUCUGCUUCCAAAGCUGGUCACUUUUAUUUUCGUAGUUUGAUGUAGAGCAUUUGCUUGUCCUCUUCGAAGUUCAUACUGUAGAAACACAUUCCCGAAGAUGGGGAACAUUUGUGGUGGACAAUAUGGGAAAUAAUAGUCCAAGAACACUGUCCUGGAUUUGAAUGUAAGGUACUUUGGAGAAAGUUUAUGUUGUUGAAUAUGAGAUUGUAGCCAUCUUUAAAUAUUUAGUAGCUGGAAAAGUCCCAUUUCAUCUUUUAGACCCUGAGAGAGUCUUAUAAUCUAAGUUUUAUUGAUUUUAAUUUUUGAUAUGACCUUACUCAGUCAAUAUUAAAGAUAUCAAGGUUAUAUUUUCACAGAAUGUACUUUACAUUAUGUAGGUUGAUUUUAUGCAAAAACAAAAUGCCUUUGGCUUGGUUUUCGAUGGCAGGUUCCCAUUUAUUUUUUUCAUAUUUUACAUGUUUUAAUUGAAAUGUUGUGUUGUUUUUUAUGUGAAGUAUUCCACUUUUUGCCCAAGAGUGUCCCAAGAGAGGCAGUUUGUUACGGAUGAUUGUUACUUGUAAGUGGCAGAUGAAUCUGCUUUGUGAUAUUUAAAACUACUGUUGUGCGAUACAGAGAGGGUCUGUGCAAGAUUCUCACCACUUAAAACAAAUUGUGAUGUGUUGUCCAUGUAAGAUUGUAAACGAAAAAAGAAAUGCACAUGUUUUUGCAUUGGCAAAGUACUAAAGUAAUUUUAGAUAUUUUAUUUUGGUAUAUUACCAAGAUUUAAUGUCAUUAUUUAGAUCAAUUUAUCACAAGACAUUCCCCAAACACCCUCGCAGAACCACAAGCUUAAAAAUCAAAUGUUUUUUAUCAGAGUAGACCAGAGUUGUGUGUAUAGACACAUCGUAAGUCAGGUUUGGCAUCUGUGUGUGUGUAAGUGCUGAGUGUGUCACAGCUGAAGUUUAUGAUCUCACAGCUGAUUGCUUCAUGCACGUAUCACACGUACGACGCAUUCUGCCGCAUGCCGCAUUCUGACAUGCUACACCCGAGCAUGUGUGAGAGAGACUUUAAAUGUCGUGGUGAAGUAGGCCAAGUGCAGUAUUAGUAAUUGGCACUGAAGAGCCAUUAAUGCUUCAGUGUGCUUGUGAACCACUGAAGUGGAUGAUGUUGUAGAUUGAAUUUAAUGCUUAUAUAAAAAGGCAGUUUUAAACUUCUACAUUGAUGGUUAUGUUUCGGUACGAGAGAUUCUUGAAGUUCUGCAUCAAGAGUAAGAGCAGUUGUGACCCCAGGUCCGGUGAUGUAAGAGGAUGACCGUGAUGUUAUUGUGUACCCGUGAAAUAUUAAAGUAUGUUCAGAUUAAAAUUAGAAAGACACCAAAAGAAUGAAUGUUUAUGUUUUAAAAUACACUUAUUUUUUUAGUAAAUGUGUUGUAAUGGUGGACUAUAAGGCUUGUCUUUGGUUGGGGCUGAAAAAGUUGUGGUUGAACAUGUGUGAACAAGAUCAACCACACCUCCAAAAACAUGACAAACACACAAGAAGCCACAGUAAGGACUGGGUGAUAUAGCAGACAUUUUUAUUAGAAUACUUUUUCGAUUAAACUCCAAUUAGCUUAUUCUGAAAUACUAAUAAAUCUAGUUAAAAGUUUUCAAAACUAAUACUAAUGAAAACUUUUAAUGAAAACACAACAGAUAUGUAUAAAAAAAAAAGUUAGGCUAUGUUUAGAGUAAUCACAAAUAUGUCAUUGAAUUUUUGCAUCUAUUAAUAGUUCAUAACUAGUUUACAUACAAUUUUUGCCGCAUGUAACAUAAUAUUUAAAGUCCCCAUGUGAUGAAAAUAAUUUUUUUUAUUGUUGUUUAUGUCUAUGGGCUGUUUUAAAUAUGCUUUAAGACAAACCAUGUGCAAAUACAGUAAAAAAAAUCUUUGCGGCCUUAAAUUUUUUAUCUAAUCAACUCAGAUUUACAAGUUGACUAGAGUUGUUAUAACUUUUAAAUAUAGUUGAAUAAGUCAACUUUAUUUUUAAAUUGUAGCAACUAUUCUCUAGUCAAGAUAAAUAAUAGUAAGUUAAAAUUACUUGUAAAUCUGAGUUGAUUAAAAUGUAAGGCAGCAAAGAAAUUUUGUGCAGUGCUUCAUUAACUCUUUCACCGCCAGCGUUUUAAAAAAAAGUUGCCAGCCAGCGCCAGCGUUUUUCAUGAUUUUCACCAAAGUUUAAUGUCUUCCAGAAAAUGUUCUUCUUUAAAUAUAUAAACAUACAAUAUACCAAAUGAAAGAACAGACCCUCUGCUUUAAAAAAAAAAAACGUUUCAUCCUACCUUCAGUGGUUCUUUUGUAAUCAGCUUUUGAAAAUGGGUAGGUUUCUGCAAAAACACCACAUUUUGAGCAAAAAGCAGAGAUAAUUCCAUUUUUGUGACGGACUUUUCAUAGAGAUCCCAUUCAGAGUGAUCUUUAAAACAGACACGGACAUGCAGCAGCUUGCCGUAGGGCAAUACUUUCGGGUUUAAAAAGUUGCGGAAGGGCGGUAUUGCGGAAAGACGGAAAACUCAUCAUUGGCGGGGAAGCGUUUUUUCUUCAUUGACGAGAUAUCUCGUCAAUGGCGGGGAAAGAGUUAAACACCAUUGCUGAGUUUUCCAAAGACCGCUGUUUGAAAUCGCCUUUGUUUCCUAUGUCACAAACAUGUAACCAAUUAUAUCAACACAGUUGAACGAGUGGAUCAGUAC